AUGCACUCUCUUGGAAUGAGGAGAUGGGUUGUGCCCAGUGCGUUACUGGCAUCGGCUUGCGUGCGGUGGGCCACUGGGUUAGGCUCCUAUUCAGGUGCGUGGCGCCACGGUACACCACCCAUGUAUGGAGAUUAUGAGGCACAACGACACUGGAUGGAACUCACCAUCCAUUUGCCUACCCAGCUCUGGUACAAAUACGACCUUCAAUACUGGGGCCUUGACUACCCACCAUUGACCGCAUACGUUUCCUGGCUCUGCGGUAUCUUAGGAUCCCACAUCAAUCCUUCUUGGUUCGCUCUCGAUGAAUCACGCGGUAUCGAGUCUCCGAAUAGCAAGAUCUACAUGCGUGCAACUGUAUUUGCUCUAGAUUAUAUGGUAUACAUCCCCGCACUCUACCUCUUCUCGCGAACCUGGCAUGCUACUCGGUCCAAGAGGACACAGAAUCUAGCCUUCCUAGUACUCCUUCUGCAGCCUGCGCUGAUUCUCAUCGACAACGGGCAUUUUCAAUACAACUCGGUCAUGCUUGGUUUCGCUAUACUCGCGAUAAACUGCUUCAUCUCUGGAUACGAUCUUCUGGGAGCCGUGUUCUUCGUUCUCAGCCUGGGAUUUAAACAAAUGGCGUUAUAUUACGCACCCGCAGUAGGCUCGUAUCUCAUAGGAAAGUGCCUUCAUCUAGGCCCAAAAGAAGGCACCAAACUCUUCGUUCGCCUAGGAGUGGUCACCGUCGCAUCCUUCGUCGCUCUCUUCCUACCCUUCCUUCCACCAUUUUCUCCUCUCAGUGCCAUCAUGGAUCCCAUCACUCGUAUCUUCCCAUUCAACCGUGGCAUUUUCGAGGACAAGGUCGCCAACUUCUGGUGCGCAUCAAACGUCCUCAUGAAGUGGAAAUUCAAAGCCUCCGCCGCCACGCUCGUUCGCAUAUCCACCCUACUCACCGCGCUCGGAUUCGCGCCAGCUGUAGUUGCGGCGAUCGCUUCCUGGAUCCGCCUGGGGCAAAGUCAACCACAGUUUUCGACAGUUGUCACAGACGAGGACAAGGACAAAGAUGCCAAGGCUAAGAUGGAUACUGCUGUCGCGGUCCCGGUUACGUUGCAGCCCGUGUUGCUGCAUGCGCUGUUGACUAGCGCUAUGUCAUUCUUCCUGUUCUCUUUUCAAGUGCACGAAAAGACGAUCCUGGUCCCGUUGAUGCCGUUGACUCUCUUGAUGUCGACUGCGCCCCAGGAUAGUACGGGGUUCAAGAUUGGUGCUUUAGCUAACAAUGUCGGUGUAUUCAGCAUGUGGCCUCUGUUGAACAGAGACGGAUUAGCGGUACCUUACAUCGCUCUCACACUACUAUGGAACCGACUCGUAGGCCACAAUCCUUUCCGCAUAAGGCAGUCCACCCUGUUCGACCUCUUUACGGCUGCGGUAUACUUGGGAUGCAUCACUCUCCACGUCCUCGAGAUACUAUUCUCUCCCCCGAAUCGAUAUCCAGACCUAUAUCCCGUCCUCAACGUCCUCCUCAGCACUCCCAUCUUCGUCCUCACUUGGCUAUGGAGCAUCAAAUCCCUCCUCGAAUCCUACUGGGUCAUCGGCCCCCUCGGUUUCGGCGAGAGCUCCGCGCACCAUCCUUCCACGACCGACAGCAGAGCUCCCAGUGAGAUUGAGACCCCUGUGACGGAGAAGGGCUCGUCGGUGGUCGGGAGUAUUGGAAGAGAAAGAGGACUGAGGGCACGGAGUCUGGGGUAUUCGACAGCGAUGGCGAAGGGUGGUAGUAAGAGGCUGUCGAAGGCGGGGAGUGUGGAUGAGGUACCGGAAUGA